CACCAGAGGGCUAGCUUCAGUCUCUCUCUCGUGCCCUCUCCGGCUUAUGCUUUGCAGGAAACAAGUGACGCUGCAUCGAGUGUUUUAGAAAGUUUAACAGUUGUCAAAAUCAGAGGUCAUGGAAUCAUUAUUUGCAACAGCGGAGAGGCUGUCUGUGUCCACGCCAGGGAAAAUUAAAGUCGAAGAAUACAAGGAAAGACUAAAGAAGGAGGCAGAAGAGCUGGUCCUUCACAAGUUUCCUGAGAAAAUUUUAGAGCUGGAAAGCCUUCUUAAGACUGAAAAAUUUUCCAAGACAGAUUUGACCACAGUCCACACUGAGGUGAAUAUUCCAGUGCCGGACAUACCCAUCUUAAACCACGAGAGUGACCUGCCAGCAGUGAAAAAGCGGCGGUUAGACACUUUUGAAAAUGACCUUACAGGCACAAAGGUCCUGGUACUACCUACAGGUGCUGUGCCAACUAACAGUCACAUCGUCAGUAUGGUGGACAUAGUAAAGCCCAAGAUCUGGCAGCUGGUCGAGGACACUAACAUAUUAAAAAUGUGGAUACAGUUCCUUAUCCCGAGGAUUGAGGAUGGCAACAAUUUUGGAGUAUCCAUACAGGAGGAUGCUUUGACAGAGAUCAGAGCAGUAGAAGGGGAGGCCGCAGCGUUUUUCGACCAGAUUUCUAGAUACUUUCUUACAAGGGGAAAAAUUAUCGCAAAAGUCGCAAAGUACCCACACGUGGAUGACUUUCGACGCACCGUUCAGGAACUGGACGAGAAACAGUAUGUGAGCUUGCGGCUGGUUCUUUGUGAGCUGAAGAACCACUACGCUACCCUUCACGACCUCAUCACAAAGAACUUGGAAAAGAUAAAAAGGCCACGAAGUUGCAAUGUGGAGAACAUGUACUAGACCUUACAUUGUAUACAAGAAUAAACAGAAAAAAAAAAAACUGC